GACUGCCCUAUAGCAGAUAUACUGCUACAGGGCAGCACCUGUGCGCAGGAUCACGUAUAUAUACAUCAUUCUUCAUUUCCGGAUAGGGGGCGCUGCGCCGCCAUUAGCGGCCAUGGAUGUCAAUCAAAGGUAAUUACCCGCUGGCGCCCAAAGAUUAUUGAGCAUCUCCGACGGGGAGGAAGAUUGUUUUGUUUACAAACAAUCUUCCUCCCUGUCAGCUCGGGCACACUGCUCAGGAUGGCUCUACACAGUACAGCCAUCCCAAUCAGUGUGCUCACAGUGAAGAACACCCCCCCACCCCCUAGUAAAACACUCCCAGCACACAGUUAACCCUUUGAUCGCCCCUCACAUUAACCCCUUCCUGCCC